CACAUAUUAUAUAAACAAGCAAUAAAACUGUUUAAAUGUUGCAGUUAUAACCAUGUCGCCUCUAUAUGCAGUAGUUCUGUGUGCUCUUAUUGAAAGAUCAUGGGGGAUCGAUCAGAGUUUUCCUCCCUACUUCAAGUUCGGAGCGGCGACGGCUGCUUAUCAAAUCGAGGGCGGGUGGAAUGCUGAUGGCAAAGGUGAAAACAUAUGGGACAGAUACGUCCAUGAGUAUCCCGAAGACAUCAGGAAUAAUGAGACUGGCGACGUGGCUGCAGACUCCUACCACCAGUGGCGCGAAGACGUGAACGCUGCUAUACAGAUGGGACUCCAGACUUACAGAUUCUCGAUAAGUUGGGCUCGCAUACUGCCCACUGGCUUCACCAACGAGUUCAACAAAGCUGGUGCCAAAUAUUACAGUGACCUCAUCGACGCCCUCCUCGCUGCAGGCAUAGAACCUAUUGUCACAAUCUAUCAUUGGGAAUUGCCUGUGAAGAUCCAAGAUCUUGGAGGCUGGACGAACCCCCUUAUCGUAAAGUGGUUUGGAGACUAUGCCAGAGUGGUCUACACCCUCUACGCUGAUCGUGUUAAAACAUGGCUGACUAUCAAUGAACCUGUUGCCAUAUGUGAUUAUUUCUAUAAUCUCGGACUGUUCGCUCCACGGAUCAAGGAGCCAACAUUCGCACCGUAUCUGUGUAACAAAUACAUCAUGCUGGCACACGCUAAAGCUUACAGGAUUUAUGAACACGAGUUCAGACGAACAUUUCAAGGUAAAAUUUCUCUCGCAAACAAUGUGCUAUGGAUAGAACCUCUCCAUCCGAAUGACGAGGCUCUGGCAGAACUUGGAAGACAGUAUCAGACUGGCAGAUACUCUCAUCCAAUAUUCUCAAAGCAAGGAGGCUGGCCACCUUCCGUUGAAAAGUGGAUGUUGGAACUGAGUUUAAAGCAAGGAUACGCUGAAUCUAGACUACCCCCAUUUACUAGAGAGGAAAAAGAAUUUAUCCAAGGCACUGCAGAUUUCUACGGGAUAAACUUCUACACCACCAGUUUAAUUAGACCAGCCAGGCGGGGAGACAAACCUGGUGUGUGGUUCAUCGACGGAUCUCCAGAGUUGAACGCUACUCUGGAAACUCCUCCGGAUGCGUACUAUGGGGGCUCACCCAUUCUUCCGGUAGUCCCAGAGGGCAUUCGCAAGGAGUUGCGGUGGCUGAAGCAGCAGUACGGCAACGUUGAGAUCCUCAUCACGGAGAACGGCUUCUCCACGCUCGAGCGCCAGCUGGACGAUUACGACAGAGCUGAUUUCAUCAGGGAACAUUUGGAACAAGUACUGCUCUCCAUCAAAGUGGACAAUGUGAACGUGGUGGGGUACACGGUAUGGUCUCUCAUCGACAACUUCGAGUGGUUGGACGGAUACAGAACCAAAUUCGGUCUCUACGAAAUAGACUACAGUCACCCGAACCGCACAAGAAUCCCGCGUGUCUCCGCACACUACUACGCGUGUGUGACCGCGAAGCGAUCGCUGGACGUCGCGGAUUCUUGCUACAACAAGAGCCACGCCGCGAGGAUCCGCCGGAAGCAAGACAAUGGCGGCAGUGUUGCAGCUCGAAGCGGACUGUUCCUAAACUUAGCCGUAUUAUUAUUAAGUUUAGCAUUAAGAUUAUAGUUAUUUUAGUCAG